AACCAUAGUAUAGAAAAUCAAUUUAAUGAAAAUAAAGAUGGAGUUUCUCAUAGUAAUGUUACAGGUUCUAAAGCAGUUGAAAAUGAAGAUCUAUUUUGUAUAACACAUCCUAAAACUUAUAAUUAUGAAGGUAUUAAAACUGUAGAAGCAAUUCCUGUAAGUUUGUUGGAGGAAUCGUCUUACAACAAAAUUGAUAGCAAAUCAAAUGAAAAUUCAGAAAAAACAGAGGAUCUAACUGAGAAUAAGACUCGUGAAAGAAGUAACCAUUUAGUAUCAAAUCCAUCAGAAAACAAAGGUGUUUAUAGCCCAGCUGAAAACGUUGGUAAUAACAAUGAUGGUAAAGAAAAACUUAAUAAUCUUAUAAAUAACACAAAAGAAAAAGAUAUGGCGCAAGCUGAGAUCAAGCCUCAUGAAAGAAGUAACAAUUUUGAAUCAAAUCCUUUAGAAAACAUGGGUGUUUUUAGCUCAGCUAAAAAUGUUGGAAAUAAAUCUGAUGAUGAAGAAAAACUUAAUAAUCUUUCAAAUAGCGCAAAAGUAGAAGAUGUGGAUCUACCUGAAAACAAACCUCAUGAAAAAAAUAAUCGUUUUGAAUCUAGUCCAUUAGAAAAAAGUAUUGGUAAUAAAGUUGAUGAUGAAGAAAAACCUAAUCUUUCAAAUAGCACAAAAGUAGAAGAUGUGGAUCUACCUGAAAACAAGUCUCAUGAAAAAAAUAAUAGUUUUGAGCCUAGUCCAUUAGAAAAAAGUGUUGGUAAUAAAGCUGAUGUUGAAGAAAAAACUAAUAAUUUUUCGAAUAGCACAAAAGUAGAAGAUGUGGAUCUACCUGAAAACAAUCCUCAUGAAAAAAAUAAUCGUUUAGAAUCUAGUCCAAUAGAAAAAAGUGUUGGUAAUAAAGUUGAUGAUGAAGAAAAACUUAAUCUUUCAAAUAGCACAAAAGUAGAAGAUGUGGAUCUACCUGAAAGCAAGCCUCAUAAAAACAAUAAUCGUUUAGAGUCUAGUCCAUUAGAAAAAAGUGUUGGUAAUGAAGCUGAUGAUGAAGAAAAACUUAAUAAUAUUUCAAAUAGCACAAAAGUAGAAGAUGUGGAUCUACCUGAAAACAAGUCUCAUGAAAAAAAUAACCAUUUUGAAUCAAAUCCAUUAGAAAACAAAGGUGUUAGUAGCUCAGCUGAAAAUAUUGGUAAUAACAAUGACGAUAAGGAAAAACUAAAAAAUCUUUCAAACAACACUAAAGAAGAAGUGAAUACUAAAAAGCCUUCAAAUGAGUCACAGGAAAUAGUCCAACCAGUAUUUGGUAAAAAUAGAAAUGAAACUUCAGUACAAAAGUCACUUUCAUAUGGUGCAACUGAAAAACCAACUGAAAAUAAUCAAUCUGAUAAAAAAACAAUAUUAGAAGUAUCCAAAGAACAAAACUCUAAACAGUCAGAUGAAGGUAAUUCAACAUAUAAGACAGACAAUUCUUUAAAAGAAAACUCUGAUAACACUUUAAAAGAAAACUCUGAUAACACAAGAAGUUCAUAUUCAAAUGUUGUUAAAAAAAGUGUUCCUCAAAACCGUGAUAACACUCAGGAUCCGAAUAAUAAUAAUAAUAAUAACAAAAAACUUGGACAUCAACAUCAAUACAAUGAAGAUAAAGAACAAAAAACUAAAGAGAAGACCAAACAAAAAGCAAUUCAACUUUUUGAUGGUGACCUGCUCAACAUUAAAGUACCAGAUCAUAACAAGAUUUUAAUAUGUUUUUAUAUUUGGGUGAAAAAACAAAUAGAUUACCUUUAUAUAAUGUUUGGUCAUAAAGAUCUUGGUGAUUGGAAAAAACCUACUGUUCGCAUGGAAUGUCAAAAAGUAUUUUCUGACAAUAGUAAAAACUCGCUUGGCUAUCUUUACAAAGGUGAUCUAGUUUGUUCAAAGGAAAUAUUUAGAAUUAAAAAUUCUAUAGAGUAUAAAUAUUUUAUUACUUCUGAAGAGGAGAUCAUUUGGGAACAUCUUAAGUAUGCUCCACAAUCUAAUUCUUAUACAAAUCGCCUAUUGGUUAUUAGUAAAGACAUCUUAGAUGUUCUUGAUAAAGAUUUCAAAUUCUUUCAAGUUGAUGACUGUUUUUUGCCACAAAAAAUAUACAAGAAAGAAAAUAAAUCAUGGUUUACUUAUUUUAAAGAAUUUUUUUUUAAAAAAAGCCAUCAAAGUAAUGAAAUUUAUAGUGAUAUUUUUAAAAUGUAUGUUUCUUAUUGGGAGAAACAAAAUUAUAGUAGCUUUGAAAGUUCAAUGUUCAUUAGAAGUUUGGAGUCAAGUUUUUAUGGUGCAUAUACUGUAACUGAACAUAUUCAAAUAGAAUGGAAAAAGAUAAACGAUAAGCAACCCAUCCAAAGUUUGUUCACAGCUCUAGAGAAGCAGAUUCCAUCAAUCAAAGACCCAGAGAAGUUGUUUUUUUGGGGUCUGUCACUUAUACUUAUCUUUUAUGAUAACCAAAAUAUGGUUAAUCUUGCAUCAUUCGAUUUUAUUUCUUCACUUUUUGAAAUUUUAUCAUUGGAAAAUAUUAAUUGGUCUCCAAGUGAUAUAUUGAAAAGUAUUAGGCAUAAGUUUCCUGAAAAAAUUUUAAGAUUUAUUCAAGGUGCAUUAAUUUCUUUGUUAAAAAGUUGGUUACAAAAAUACAACUAUUCAAAUAAGAAAGCUCAUGUUUGGUGUUAUGCAUUAUUAAUACAUCAUGUGACCUCUGAUGAUUCACAACAGAAAUUGAAAAGCAACCCCGAAAGUAUAAAUGCCUCAAAUUGUGGUUUACCAACAUUUUUUGAAAAAAAACAUUCCAAGAUUUAUGAGGAAACUUUAAAAAAUGUUGAUAAAAUUAAAUGGAGUUUACAGAAUGAUUUUUUACUUCAGAGAGGUAUUGUUUUUUAUAUGGAAUUAAAGGAUUUUGUAAUAUUAAAGACUGGAGUUUUUAAUGAAUGUCUCUUGGUUAACAUGAUGACUUAUAAUAUGAAGUCAAAAUUAUGUACAAAUUCAAUGAUUUAUUCUUGCAAAAGUUUCUUAGAGGAAUUACAAAAAUUGCAUGAAACAAAUUGCAAUAGAGGUCAUUUAGUUGAGGCGCUUAUUAACAUGUUAGAAGUGUCAUUAGAAAGAAUAGAUAUAAAUGAUGUGAGCUGCUGUUUGUUGUCUAUAAUGCUCAAUUGUAUAAAUAUGUUUUACAAAAGUAUUGAAACAUCGGAUGAAAAUAUGCCAAAAAUUAAUGAGAGCGUUCUUAAGCAUAUUUCAAGUAUUAUUAAAAGUUUUGAUAAUAAGUUUAGCGAAAAAAAUUGCAGCUGGGUUACACUAGACAAUUUGCAAUCACAGUUGAAGGUCAUAGAAAUGCUUGUGGAUUUAAAAAUUACAAAAGGAGAUGAUUUUAAAGAACUUGCACGUGGAAUUCUGAAAAAUAAAGUUAAAAGUGCUAAAAAAAGUCUUUUGUUACAAGCUUAUUGUGAAUUGGAUAUGUUAUCUUACAAUGAGUUGAUUCAGACACCAUUUACCGAAUCUUUUUCUGCUACUAUUGAAGAAAUGUCCCAGAAUAGUUAUGAUUCAAAUUGGAUAUACAAAUUAUCUUCAGGCUAUAGUCCUAUGUUGAUUAAGUUCAUUAGGAAGAAAUGGGAAUGUUUAAACUCUCCAGAAGAAAAAGUGAACUUUUGUCUAGCAUGGAAACCUUUUAAAGUAUUAUUAGACCAACUUGGAAAAGAACCUAAAUUAGAAGAAACAACGAUUCUUGUUGGGGAAGUUGCAUCAUUAUUACAACAUGUUUUUGAAGUUAUAAGCAAUGGCAAUAUUACGAUAAGUUUUAUGAUUAACUUAAUGAACGAAAAAGAAGUUUUACAUGAACUUCUUCAUAUAAUGAAAGUAGAUUUUUAUGAUAAUUUUAAAGCAAGAUUCGAUGUACGUUUUAAGCAAGUUAAUUGCUUCUAUAAAGUUAGAGAAGUUGUGAGCUACGCUCUUCAACUUUGUAAAGCAAUACUUCCAAGCACAGUUAAAACAGACAUAUUAGAAGAUAGAUAUCGCUCAGAAUAUUCAGUUUUAACUUUUAAAGAGGUUUUUGUGAAGACUACUCAAGGUUUAAAUAGUGAAGUACCAGUUUUCCAUGAUUUUUCAAAUAAAGAGUUCUUUAUUGAUAACGUAUGUACAUACUUCCAAAUUUCAUUUGACUGGUAUGAGCAUGCUGCUAGGAUGGCAGAUUGUAAAAUUAUGAACAGUUUUUUGUUUAAAAAAGAAGUUGAUUCAUUAGCAAAAAACAUGGAAGCAGUUAAUUAUACUGACUUGAUUGAAAGUAUUAUUUUACCAACAGCUGAAAUUUUAAAAAACAUGUUUAAGGACUUAGUUUCAGGUAAAAUAUCUCCAUCUAAGAUUGUUUCAAUAUUUAAAGAAUGCAUUCAACAUCGUAAAAAAGAACUUUUUUUAUUGAAUAGCUUCUUAAAUUUGAACUUAAGUAGAUUUGACAUAGAAACUUGUGCUAAAAAAAUUAAUUGUGUAUUUUUAAUGGAAAAAUAUUCUAAUGAUGCAAGAACAAUAUUAGAAGUAAAAGAAAAUCUUAAAUUACAUGGAGAUUUUACUGCUGUUGAAAACAUGAAGAAACCCAUAAAUGAAAUUGAAAACUUGUUAUCUAUUAACAAUGAUUUAAAAGAUUUAACUGAUUUUUUUGAAAAAUUUUCGACCUCUAUUUCCAAAAUAUCUAGUGCUAUAUUAUCAAGUCUACACCUUUUUUCUUGGUUAAAAGAGAAUCUAAAAGAUCCAAAGGAAGUAAAAGUUUUUGUUGAAAUCAUGUCAAUAGCUGCAGGUGAAACUGAUUACGAAGUCGAUCGAGUAAAAUGUUUUGAAGCUUGCUGUCUUGCUUUUAGCCACAUCAUAUUUGAUCUAAAUGAGAAAUCUGGUUUCAAAGACUUGUUAGAGGCUUGCGAGCACACUCAAAAAAUAAUUUUGAAUGAUUCUGAGAUUUUCAAAAAGCUGACUGAUACAAAUCACAAUCUUGAGUGGUUUAAAAAUGCCAAAAAAUCUCAAGGAUCAGUAGCUACAAAAUCAAUAAUGGAAGCUCAAGUUGCCAAUCGUAAAGGUUGUUUUGUUAUUGGCAAUAAAAAAAAUGGUUGUAUUGAUUUUUUAGGAUUUAAUUUGGCAGAUGUUAUAAAAUUCCAAAUUAUAAAUGAAGACUCUACUGUAAAAGAAUACACUCUAGAAGAGGUUAAUGAUUUACAAAGUCGCUUAAUGUUGUUGGGAGGAGAUAUUGGUGACAAAUCAGUAAAAGAUAAACAAAAAGAAAAAGAUUAUUUUGUUGAGGUUGUUGAAGUUGUAACAAGAUUGGGAUAUGCUUAUAUGUCUCUUUGUGAAGCUGGCGAUAUUAAGUUUAUACAAUGGGAAAAGACAUUUUAUUGUGAUAUUGAGUUUGAGCGAGGUGUUUCCAUCAAUGAUUUGAUAUUAGAAUCAGAGAAAUUAGAGAAUCAAUUGAUGAAUUGGAAAGAAAAAUUAACAACAUUCCGGCGUUCAAAUCCUAUCAUAAACUAUUUUUCAGUUAAACAAUGUCUCUUUAUGCAAAAACAAUUAUUUAUGUUGAUUGAUAAUCUUAAACAUGUUGAUAGGUUACCUCCUCAGUUUUAUACACUUCUUUAUUUUUUUGCUCAUGAUGUCAAUGUAAGUAAUAUUAAACACACUUUUAAUUUGUCUCGCAUCUUAACUAUUGAGGAUGAAUCUCAACAAUGGCAGACGGCCAUUAUUCAAUCAAAUUUUGAUAAAUACACACCUGAUGAAAUCCUAGAUAUUGUCAAUACACUUCAGAAAGAAUACAAUAUAAAUGAAAAUGUUGCAUGGGCAUCUAUUAUAGAAAUUUUUCCAUAUCGUGAAGGAAAGGCUGUAGUUUGGUGUGGCAAACAAGAUUCAGAAAGUGAAAAUAUUAAUGAGUUAGAGCUGAAAGCAAAAGCUCAGUUUCAGCGUUUGAAGUCAAAUAAUAGCUCAAAUGUUAAAGACAAAGAUGAAAAAAAGCCAUAUUUGACAAUAGAUGAACUUGGCAGAUUUUUAAAACAUUACAAAGACAUCACAAAUUUUGAGUUUUCAAAAAGGAUUAUUCCUCCAUAUAUAAACAAAAAUAAACCAAACCUAAUAAUAUUGUCUUAUGAUGACAUCAUGUAUGCGGUUCUUGAGAUUUAUUUUUAUCAAGAUGGAGUUUUACCCACCUCUGAAGAAGUUCUUCUUUGUGAUGAUUCUGUAUCAAUUGAAGAGAUUGAACUGUUAAUAAUGCGAGCUGUAGACAACAAAAAUGGCUUGUAUUGUUUGGUAAUAAAUGAAAACCUAAAAUAUGAAACAUGUGAAAAAAUGUAUUCCUUCUUUCAAAAGACGAUUCAAAUAGGUAGUAUGAGUCCACUUUUAGUGUUUUGCAGUAGUGAAAACCACCACAAUUCUUACCUUGUAACAGCUCUAGACCAUUUCAAAUUAAAAAUGCCAAGUUAUCUUAGUAGAGAUCAAAUUUGUGAAAAACUUACACAAUGUCUUCGGAACAAACUUUUAGAUCAAAAGGCUGGAAUUAUUUUCAAUGAAACAGUAUACAAAUCACUUGUAGUGAAAUCAAUCAGAAGUGGAAUGGGGAAGUCCUUUUUUGUAGAAAAAAUGUGGCUCACGACUUUCUUCUCAUUUGGAUGCUAAUUAUCAAACAAAUAUGAGUAAUAGUCAAAACAAGAACAGUGUUGUUAUUGUUUCUGUGCAUGGGACAAUGGUUUAACACUGAUGCAAUAGUUGAAAGAUUACUUCAAUUUGAAGAAAGACCUAAUGCUUUUUUCCCUAGAAUAUAUCAUUUUGAUAUCACACCAA